AAAGAGAGCCGGAAGAAGGGUUUUUGGCUGGGAGACCAACCGCACCAGAGGGAAGGUCAGCCAGACACCGCCGCCGCCUUGCUCGCGCCGCACGCAAGUCUCAAACUCCGACGAGAGAGAGAGCGCGGCCAAGGAAGAAAGAGGACAGGUGCCUUACGGGAAGGAGGGAGUGCGAGGAUGGGCGCGGGGGACGGGGAGGCCGCCACGAGCAAGGAGAAGGGCGGCGGCGGCGGCGGCGCCGAGCGGACGUCGCUGGACGGCGUGCGGGACAAGAACGUGAUGCAGCUCAAAAAGCUCAACACGGCGCUCUUCCCCGUCCGCUACAACGACAAGUACUACCAGGACACCAUCGCAUCCAAGGACUUCUCCAAGCUCGCUUACUACAGCGAUAUAUGCGUCGGUGCAAUAGCGUGUCGCCUGGAGAAGAAGGAAGGAGGGGCGGUCCGAGUUUACAUCAUGACCUUGGGUGUAUUGGCACCGUACCGUGGCCUUGGUAUCGGGACGAAGUUGCUGAACCAUGUUUUUGAUCUCUCUGCAAAGCAGAACAUCUCUGAGAUAUACUUGCAUGUUCAGACAAACAACGACGACGCCAUCUCUUUCUACAAGAAGUUUGGGUUCGAAAUAACACAGACGAUACAUAACUACUACAUGAACAUAACGCCACCAGAUUGCUAUGUCCUUACGAAAUUUAUUGGACAGGCUGCUACAAAGAAAUGAUCAGCCGCCUGCCCAUCUUUUGUAAGACCAUGACCACCUGAGUUACGGCGGAAGGUAGUUGUGGUUCUGUCACAGUUUGUGCUGUGUUUCCAUUUUUGUGAGCUUUAACGCUAUGGACGCCUGGGUAGCUUUGCUACAGAACUGAGACUAUCAUUUACAUUGAGACUGAUCUUUUUUA